AGUAUCUGUGAUAACAGUUAUCAGGUGUGUUGAUAAGAAAUUCGCCUUACAAUAUCAACUCAUAACGCAAUCGAACCUUGCCGAAUGACGACCUAUAUACGAUGCGUUUUUACCUAAUUCUCGCCUUUGUGGCGCUUGUGUAUAGAGUUCACAGUUCAACAUUAUGUGACAGUGAUUUGUGUGUUUGUAAACAGAACAAAAGUGAAAACGAUGAUAUUGGUGAAGUGGUCGACUGUUCCUAUUUUCCCGCAGUUUUAAAAACGAACUAUAGUUUACCGAGUGCUGUGUUUUCUUUAGAUUUAUCGUGGAACAACUUAACUCGUGUAAAUGCGACUCCUAUUUUACAAUCAUCAACGCUUACCGCAUUGUAUUUAAACAACAACAAAAUCACUGAAAUUGCCAUCGACACACUUCGAUUACCGCAGCUAAAGCGGCUGGAUUUAAGUAAUAAUGAUCUAGAAGCUAUUCAGAAAGACACAUUUAAAGAUAUACACAAUUUGCAGUUUUUAAAUCUCGCGAACAAUAAAUUCCAUUCACUCUCUGAACUAUCAUUCCACCACCUUUCAAAUUUAAAUGAAAUCAUACUAGACAACAACAAUUUAGGUCCAAGUCUGAAAACCAAGAAUUUGUUCGACAGAAACGGAUACGGAUUGACUAAUAAAAUACGAUCAUUAUCUAUAAGUGGUAUCAACUUACGAUCUGUUUACGACAAUUUCUUUGUUGACGCAUACAAUAUAAGAAGAUUAAUUAUUUCUAACAAUAACCUGACUGAAAUAUUUGAAUUGCCGUUCACGUUAGAGUACUUGGACCUAUCAGAUAAUCCCAUUACGGAAAUAUCAGGUGAAGACUUUUCAGAGGUACCAGCUCUGAAAGAACUGAAAUUAAAUAAUUUGUGGAUUGAAGAAGUUCCCGCUUAUACUUUCGCAUUUUUACCGGGACUUACAAGCUUGCAACUCGAAAGAAAUAAAAAUUUAACGACAUUCAGCGAGCUAGCGUUUGGCCAAGAAAUUUUGGAAGACGCAGAUGAUUUUGCUCUAGAAAAUUUAUCAGUCCGAGGUUCGAGACUAAGCACUUUAUCGGAAAAGUUAGAGGUGCCUUUUGGUCAACUGAUCCACUUGGACUUACAGGGUAAUCUAUGGAAAUGCGACUGCAAUUUGAAAUGGAUAAAAAGGCUACAAAUUAGCAAUAAAGAAUCUAGUCAUUUACGUUGUUACACGCCACACGUGCUAUACAACAGUAAACUAAUGGAGAUCAGUGAAAAAUACUUGGUGUGUCAGAUCAACAAGCAUUAUGUCGGAAUGACAAUCGGCGUGGUUACCGCGUGUGUGCUGCUAACUGCUAUAGCUGCUUGGAUAUUCCUUUUUGUGCCAAAGAACCCGGCUAAAUUCAUAUUUCUGAAAGAUAUGAAUAUGUCCACGGCUGGGUACAGUGCUCUACCUGUCCAUAUGAGUUUUAGAGAUGCACCAUAAUUAUAGAUAGGUUGUCUAGGGAAAGGGUUUCGGAGAUAAUAAACUAAGGCUGACAUUAAAUACUAAAUUAAGUGAGAAUGAAUUAUAUUUUGAUGGAUUAAAAUUUUCAGUAAAAAGUGAAAACAAACACGGGGUUAUUAACUAAGUAGGAGGAAACUUAAAAAAAAAGGAUAGGACAAUUUUUAAAUACUUAAUGAUAUUCCACAUAGUGAGGUGUGUUAUUUACAUUUGGAGAAAAAUAAAGAGUAUUUUAUAUAA